GCGGAGAUGUAGGGAUUGGAUAUCCCCCACCCGACGAUCCUACUACUCGGCACACGGAAGCCACCGUGGCCGAGUUCGACUGUAAAAAGGAAGAACCUCUCUCCAGCUCAGACAGACCGACCCGAGGAUUCCGAGUGUGAACACCUCCACAACUCUUCUCUCCAUAUUUUCUUGCACCACGCCUUCUGCGUGGCUGCCAUUUUGGAAAUACAUUAUUAUAAAAAAUUAAGUUCCUAAAAUUCAUUUAUUGUACACGUUAUGAUCGUUUAAUGUAAGGAGUAAAGAUUUCUUAAAACCUUGUCAAGUGAAACUUAUUGUGUGCACCGAUAUUGAACAGUUUAUUCGGGUCAUUGUUCAUAAAAAAUCGUACAUUGAGUCGUGCUAGGUGCAGUUUAGUAUAGAAACGGUGCAUAAGUGGAAAUCGGAGUAAAAAAAAACAAUACAGUAUUUCUAAUUGCCAAGCGAGAGACAAUUCAUCCUCCUCCCCGUGCGUCGUAGCUCCCAUCCGGCUACCCCCCUGUGGCCAGUGAAGGUGUCCCGUGAUCAGAAGCGUGUCGCAUCCGUCCCCCAAGGACCCUGACGUCCGGUACUCGAUGACUCGCGCCCAUAUUCCCCUACCGAGCCCACGGCAUCAUCUUCUCUCCGCCCACAGAGAGUCAAGUUUCGAAGCAGAAUUUUUGAAUAGGACAAACUGUGAGAUUUGGGCUUAUGAUGCGUCAGUGGAUGAGAUGGGAGAUCAAGUGAUCACUCCCCACCCACGGGUUCACUUUAAUAAAGUGUACAUAGGACCCAGAGGAAGUGCAACGUUGGGUUCUCUCAUGAAACAGAACGGUCAUCAUUGGAUUGAUUUUCUCAAGAUGGAUAUCGAAUCUGCAGAAUUUGAUGUAAUGGAGCAAAUCGUGAAUGAAUUUGAGGUCCUCCCGUGGACACAGUUGCAAAUAGAGAUUCACGUAGACAAUGCAGGUCAAAUGUUUCCGAAGGUGUACAAGAUGUGGGAGCGUUUUGAAGAUAAAGGACUAAGAGCAUUUAAGAGCGAGACAAAUCACGCUAUCUGCGUUUGGGGGGGAAAAACCCAACAUGUACCGAGUACUCAUUCAUUAAUAUUAAGGGUCCAAGCAGAUUACUGCCCAAUUCAUUAUCUAUGUAACUCGUAUUUAGUUGCAAAGAACUAUGCAAAUAUUUUAUUCUACAUUCUACUGUUUGAGAUUGGAACGGAUUUGGAACACGUGGAAGUUUUAAGGAGGAAAUUUGAUGAGUUUCAAGUAGAUCAUUUAUAAAGUGAUGAUGUAAAUUUAAUAUUGUAGUAUUGUUUAAUAAACACCUUUACAUGAAAUAUAGAACAAUGUGGUGGAAGCAUAUGCAUCGAUCAUUGAUCAUCACAAUUCACAACAAAUCGAAAUAUAAACACAUUGAUAAGACUUAUAUUAAAUUGGUUUGGGGAGUAGAGGAAAAAUCUGAUGUUGAUGGGGUGGAAAAAAUAUUUUCUUGAUUCGGUCUUAUCGACAAAUCGAUUAAAAUUCCUUGACAACCGUUGACCCAAUUUUUCCAAAAAAUCUGAUGGCACAAUUCCAGGACCCCUUGACUAGCAGUAGCAACUCGCGACUCUGGCAAUUUGACCCCUCCUGCAUCCCAAUUUAGCGAAUAUCUGCAAACAAUCGUGACAGCAAAAUGUCCAUGCCAAGUGAAUCUCAGCGAUGUCAACGAGACGAGUACAACGCUCCGCAAUCUGGUGGGCCGUACGGGUCUCCUUGCUGUCCUGUUCCUCAACAAUUUCGCGACUACUCCAACAAAUGUUGCGACAACUGUCCAUGCAGCAAUGAAGAGGAACCAGUCAUUUGCGAUCUCCCACAACCAGGGCCGCCCUACGUUUACAAUGAUGUCGACUGCACCCUCGACUGUUCCAAUGUGGACACCUCCGAGCUCGAGUUUAUCCGACCGAACGUGGCCAAAUAUGGCCUCCUUCGUCACUCGAUGGACGAAAUGCGAUGUCUGACCUUGGCCAAGGAGAAUACUGCUGCGGAUAUCUUCGCCCAGGCGGAGUGCACCCGCUAUGAGGGGGAUCGGGUCAAGAAGCAAGUCAACGAGAAAACCCUCGCUCUCCAAAGAAUUUCUUCUGAACGCUUGAAACGCCGUUCCAAGGACAUUUACUACUGGAUGAAGGAAUUGGAACGACUAGUUAUCCAGAUGCGAGAGGAGACCCGACUUUUGGAGGAACUUCGUAUCAGAAAUGAAAACGCGAUUCGUGCAACGGCAGAUUUGAUCCUGCACAUUGUCAACGAAUGUCUUCGCCGACGUCUCAGCCGGAUUGGAAUCGACCUCACUCGUGACGAUGUGGAAGAAGAGUUGCAAAAGGAGCGGGACAUGGUACUCUUGGCGCAAAAACGAUUGGAAGAAAUGGCCGCUCAAGUACGAGAUCAGAUUGGAAAGAACCGUGCUUCCAAAGAGCGUCUCGAGCGGGAGUGGAGUGACAAAGUGCAAGCAUUUCGCAUUGAUGACCUGGCCUCUCGGCUUCAACCGGAUGACCCGACCCUCAUGAAUUAUCCAGGCGUGGCGCGUUUUCAGGAAGGGAUGACCCCCAUUGCAGAAUGGGAGGAGAUGACGGGACGCAAUAUGGAAGAAGCUGAACGAGAAAGGACUGCAUCGUGCAAGUUGAGAAUGUUGAUUCCAGAACUGCUGAAAAGUUUGGCUUGCAAACUUCGAGCCCAAGCUGACAAUGUGGAGGCCGCCCUAAGUCGUCGAAUUGCUGAGACCGAAUCACAGAAGAAACGUUUGGAACACCAACUCAAACUAGUUUUGGAUGAGAUGGUGAAAGCGGAGAAAGCCAUUGAAGCAAUUCGUCGUGCUCUUCGUGGCGACCCGAUCGAGAGUGCUCUGAAGUUGGCUCAGACGCGUCUCUACAAUCGAACAUUCCGGCCAAAUGUGGAACUCACGAGAGAUUGUCCUCAGUUCGCGUUGAUUGAAGAAGUCGGAGAAAUCGCCCGAAGUCAAAGUUCCAUUGAAGCCCAGCUUCGAAACGCGGAGGAUGCUUUACACAAGCUGAGACAGAUUCGAAUUGAUUUGGAGAAGGAGAUUUCCGUCAAGGACAAUACCAUUGUCAUUGAUCGGGAACGCUGUCAAUACGUCCGAGCAUUUUGGCCAUCCGUUACCACACUUAUUGGAAAUUAAAAGAAGAAACUUUACCAACGAGAAAUAAUAAUUUAGAUAAAAAUUUGAUAGCUUAAAACAAGA